GGCGGCGGAGCUGGGGGGGGUGGGUGGGGGGGGAGAGUGAGUGAGUGGCAGAGUGAGUUUACCCUUAUGAGACUGUGAGAGGCCCGGGGCCUACCUCAAAGGAGCGGGGUCGCGACGCUAGCUAGCAGCGGGCCCCCUCCAGGUCCCCGGGCCCGGCGACGCGGCGGCGGCUCAGUUUGAAGAGGCGGGGAAGCGGGUGUCCGGUCCCCGCCAUGGAGGGCAUGGACGUGGACCUGGACCCGGAGCUGAUGCAGAAGUUCAGCUGCCUGGGCACCACCGACAAGGACGUGCUCAUCUCCGAGUUCCAGAGGCUGCUCGGCUUCCAGCUCAAUCCUGCCGGUUGCGCCUUCUUCCUGGACAUGACCAAUUGGAACCUACAAGCAGCAAUUGGCGCCUAUUAUGACUUUGAGAGCCCAAACAUCAGUGUGCCCUCUAUGUCCUUUGUUGAAGAUGUCACCAUAGGAGAAGGGGAGUCAAUACCUCCGGAUACUCAGUUUGUAAAAACAUGGCGGAUCCAGAAUUCUGGGGCAGAGGCCUGGCCUCCAGGGGUUUGUCUUAAAUAUGUCGGGGGAGACCAAUUUGGACAUGUGAACAUGGUGAUGGUGAGAUCGCUAGAGCCCCAAGAGAUUGCAGAUGUCAGCGUCCAGAUGUGCAGCCCCAGCAGAGCAGGAAUGUAUCAGGGACAGUGGCGGAUGUGCACUGCUACAGGACUCUACUAUGGAGAUGUCAUCUGGGUGAUUCUCAGUGUGGAGGUGGGUGGACUUUUAGGAGUAACGCAGCAGCUGUCAUCUUUUGAAACGGAGUUCAACACACAGCCGCAUCGUAAGGUGGAAGGAAACUUCAACCCUUUUGCCUCUCCCCAAAAGAACCGACAGUCAGAUGAAAACAACUUAAAAGACCGUGGGGGCUCCGAGUUCGACUCGAUCAGCAAAAACACAUGGGCUCCUGCUCCUGACACAUGGGCUCCUGCUCCUGACCAAACUGAGCAAGACCAGAAUAGACUGUCACAGAACUCUGUAAAUCUGUCUCCCAGCAGUCACGCAAACAACUUAUCAGUAGUGACCUACAGUAAGUGUACAUAAAUGAUACAAAAGGAGCACUAGGCGGAAGAAGCACUGACCAGGACUGACCCAGGAAAUGAGGAAGAGGAGGGUCCUCAUGGUGUUAUCCGAUAAUGCCAUCAGUAUACACCAAGAGAGCGUAUUAUUUCUCAGCCAUACAACAAAAUUGCUUGUCUUUUUAUUAACCUGUGUGAACCUUCUUAUUUAUUUAAAUCAAAUCACAAAUAAAAGCAAAAUAAAGACAGGUAUGUGAAAGUCCUGUGUUGUGGUAAUUUAUCUAAACAACAAGCUUUCAUAUACAGAAAGAGUAAUGCAAAAAUCUCUCAACGAGACAUCCUUUUUUCAUUAGGAAUUUCAGCCUUCUUUUUUUUCCUGGAAUGUUAAAAAACGGGCUGACUCACCAGUCAGUGUAUUUCAUAAUUCAUUCAUUCAUUUUACUGAUACCUGAGUCUACUGUGUGCAAGGCAGAAAUAAGUAUCAGGAACAGCUUCUGUCCUCAUAGAAGGGCAGCCUACUCUUCUGAUAGCACUGCCCUGCCUACUGAUGAAAAUAGGUGAAUACAACUGAAGUAGAAUGAUUGCCUGUUUUUUAGUACUUUGGCAUACAGUUGAUGUUUUCUAUCAGUGACAGUUUUUUAGUAUUCCUUUUUGGAAAGGUUAUUUUGACUUCUGUAUAAUUUUAGGAAGGACUCUAAGAUAUUGCAGGUUUACCCUCACAUAAGAUAAGUGAUAACCACAUCACUGGCUAGGAAUGAUUCUUACUAUUCGACAGACACAACUAUGAAUGAUUGUGUAAAACAAAUCAGAGAGACAGUUAUUUUUAGGUUUGCUUUGAGGACAGGAUUAUAAGUACUAGAUCUUAAAUUUUCCUUUUAGGAGAUUGAUAAGGAUGAGACUGAGCUCAUCUUUAUGUCUGUAAAUGUUCUCUAACAAUAUUUUAGGGCUGAGCAGUGGCUCAUGCCUGUAAUUACAGCACUUAGCCAAAGUGGGAAGAUGACUUGAGGCCAGGAGUUCAAGACCAGCCUGGGCAACAUAGCGAGGACCGCCCCCGCCGGCCCCCCACAACAAAAUUUUUUUUUAAUUUUAGGAAAUUAGCCAGAUAAUAGCUUGCUUGCAGUAGUUAUUAUUGCAUUGUGGAAAUGCAGUUCAGGACUUGGCUCAACUACUGUGAUCAAUCAACUGGCCUAAGGCAAAAGUCUCUUCCCCAACACUGGUAAGCAGGAGGCAUUGCUGCCUUAGCUAAUGACUGUGGAGCCUCUGCGCUUUAAGAAGGCUUGCCUGCUCUCUAGCCAGGUUGAACUUAGGUCCCCAUGCUCAUACCUAUGAUAGCUGGUCAGUGAAAGCUUAGGGAAAGCUGAGGCAAAACAAGCAACACCUCAGCCCCUAUGGACCUGAACAGUUUCAUAUCCCCUAGCAGAUGUGGGGCUCUUCAAUGUAGCCUUUGGAAACCCAUUUCGGUGUAAGUGGUGUAUGCCCUGGGCAACUGGCCUUUAGACCUAGAGUCAGGUACCAGAGUUUUUUUCUCGGUUUGAGUAUUUAUACCCUCCAUUAGCAUGGAUAAAUCAGUCUUGCUGCUAGUCCCUAUGUGAUAGGACAUGAUUAUUCCUAGAGGGGAGUGGCUUUCUGAAUCAAGCUCACUGAGUUUUAUAAUCAGGAUGAUGGCUUCGAUUUUUGCUUGGGUCCGAGUUGAAUUCAGGGUUCUGUGGUGCCAUCUAAUGCAUAUGCCCCUUGAUCUGUUUUCCUUAUUAGUAGUGGUACAAAUGUAAGAGAAGAUAUUUCAUUGAUUCCAGGUUAGCUAAAAUAUUUGGCAUCUGUUUUUACUACAGAUAAAAGUUGAAGAGUUGCUAGGCUCCAGAAGAGAGUGAAUGUUAUCUGUAUUGCCAAAUCCUACUUUUAGGCUGGGAUUGUCGUUGGCUACCAGAACCUGUUAUACCAGGUCUUAGAACUACAGUGGAAUCUGAAAUGUGGACGGGCCUCCCGUUUUGAAAGUACCUGCAUCCAGAAGGUACCGCCAUGGUCUUCCCGCUUGGCCUACUGCCAUAGGACUCCCAAGACAAGCUGUUCUUGGAAUCUCUGCCAGGCUUUUCCUCUACAACUGGUGUUAUGUUGCCUGUGUUCUGUGAUCCGCAUGAGACACCUAUGAUACUGUGUGUGAGGAGUCUAGAUCGUAAAAUAGCUUCCAAAUAGAGUUGGUGCCCUCUCUCUUCCUUGAAGUGAUGGUAAUUAAUUUAGGGGUAAGAAAAAUAGAGCUUGUUCAUCAAACUAUUUUUCUGUUCCAAUUAAACAACAACAACUCUAAUAUAUAGUUCACUGGGUGAAAGAGAAUUAGGUAGCAUUUUUCUUCAUAAAAGGCAUGGAACAUCAGUAAAUAGAGUAUCAACAAUAACCAUAAUCUAAACUAGUUAAAUGCCACAUUGAAUGGUCUGAGGGCCAGGGCACUCAAAGGAAAUCUGAAAAUGCACACGUCUUUAUUCCUGUUUCUUCCAAUUGCAUAGACCCUGCUUUAUUUAUCUGUUAAGUGGGAAUAUACAACAGCUUUUUGACAAAGUCAUAAACUGCCUUCUUCAAGUAUUCUAGACAAAUCAUAAGGCCAGUACUUGCUUUAUAAAGGCGCACAUGAAGUGUGUAGAGCUUUGGACUAGAAAGCAGUUAAAUUUAGAGUAAAGGGGUAAAUAUUUCAUAGGAAGCAAAUGCUGUUAGUUUUUUGAGUUUUCUUUUUUCUUUAUUAAAUUUAUUAUUUUUUUCUUAAGCCUCAGAACCUGUGACUUUGUUUUAUUUUUAGGAGAGAAGGUCUUACUCUGUCUCGCAGGCUGAAGUACAGUGGCACAAUCAUAGCUCACUGCAGCCUUGACCUCCUGGGCUCAAGUGAUCCUCUGGCCUCAGCCUCCUGAGUAUCUGGGACUACAGCCAUGCGUCGCCAUGUCCAACUAAUUGAAAAAAAAAUUUUGCAUGUGGAGAUGGAGUCACACUGUGUUACCCACACUGAUCUCCCAACUCCUCACCUCAAGCAGUUCUCCUGCCUGGGCCUCCCAAAGUGCUAGGAUUAUAGACAUAAACGACCAUACCUAGCCAGGUUUUCUUUUUGCUGUGCAUUUUUUUUUCCUGCACAGAGACCUUUGAGCAUUGUAUUGGUUCUAAACCUUAAGGGAAUUAAAGCUUUUGUUGCUUUCCUUGGGUAGUUCUAGAUGAAUGAAUGUUGUUGGGAACUGCUGAGUCAGGGCAGCUUAUUUUAAGCUGCUUUACUUUCUAUUAGGUUGGUGUAAAAGGUAACUGCGUUUUUUGCCAUUAAAAGUAAUGGCAAAGGCCAGGCUCAGUGGCUCAUGCCUGUAAUCCCAGCACUUGACUCUGUCUUGAAAAAAAAUAAAAAUAAAAAUAAUGGCAAAAACUGCAAUUACUUUUGCACGAACUUGAUAGCUCUGAUGUAUGUGACCCCCCUACCAGGCCUUGCAAAAUGGAAUCUGAGAGCCCUUUGCUGCCCCAGCCCACACUUGCUUGAGUGGGUGGAUGCUGUGGCUGCUGAGAUGGUUCAUAGCUCAUCUGCUAGAGGCAUGGUUGGCUCGGGCUGACAGCCAUGUGGCAUUUUGGCAAAUGCCAGCUGCUUCCCUCACCAGUGCUGCUCCCUUAAUCAGGUUGCCUCACCUCUCUGAGCUUGGAGACCAUGCUUGUCUCCUUGGAUCUUUGUGAGGGCUAAAGAGAACAUGUUAGGUGCUACUGCAGCACCUGGCACGUAGUGGAUGCCCCAUUGGUAUUGGCCUGUCCAUUCUCCAAAUCAUCUCCUGAGGAUUUUUUGUUUAGUUUAGUGAUACCACCAAGCAGCUAGAGAUGUACUUCUGGUUUUGGGAGGCUUUAUAUGGAAAAACAAAAAGCAGGGAUUGGGGAGGAAGCACACGUCAUGGUCCAGCAUGUUCAUGGUUUGUGUAGCUGCUUUUGAUGUUGGCACAUCUUGGUGUGUCUUUCUUAUAAGGGGAAGCAAGACUGUGGUGCUUCUUCCACUCAGCCAAGCAGCAUAGAAAGUGCCUUUGGCAAGUUGGAAUAAACCUUAUCGUGUGGCAAGGGAGAGCUAGCGUGGGAGGAAGGAAUACUGCAGUCUAUCAAAUUUGGAUUUGAAUCUUGGCUCUGCCUCUUACCAUGUGAUUUUUUUAAAAAGCUUGAGACAGGAUUGGCCAGGUGCGGUGGCUCACGCCUGUAAUUCCAGCACUUUGGGAGGCCGAGACGGGCGGAUCACAAGGUCAGGAGAUCGAGACCAUCCUGGCUAACACGAUGAAACCUCGUCUCUACUAAAAUUAGCCGGGCGUGUUGGCGGGCGCCUGUAGUGCCAGCUACUUGGGAGGCUGAGGCAGGAGAAUGGCGUGAACCCGGUAGGCGGAGCUUGCAGUGAACUGAGAUCAUGCCACUGCACUCCAGCCUGGGCGACAGAGCGAAACUCCCAUCUC